ACGAAGAAACACGAUUUUGUUAAACGUAAGGGCUGGCGAAGCCGGAGUUUUCAGUCAAACGAAUAAGCCAAAAGGAUCGUUAAAAACAGUUAUAUGGAUAUAAAAACGAAAAACAUGGGCCUGUUCGUUUUAGCUUUAGCUUCCUUUUUUUCAGAUUUUCUUUUUUCUCUUUUUUUGAGAGAAAGAGAGGUUUUAUUUGAUUAUAAUCUCUGAAUUCUCUGAAUUUCAAGAUGAUGGAGGCAUCGCCAAGUACGGGUCCUCCUGCAAGUACAGAUGCACCUGCAACUAUGGAUCCACCUGCAACUACGGAUCCACCUACAACAACUGAUCCGCCUACAAGUACAGAGCCACCUGCAGGUGAUGUAGAAAAUGUACCUGAAAAGAUCAAAGAUGCAAAAGAGGCAGGUCCUGCAUUUCACUGUGAUCUUUGUGAUGCAGAACUGCUUUUCAAGAUAACUCAAGCACUCCUCCCAGGGUUAGCAACGGCUUGUGUUGACAAUACAACCGGUGGUGUUUUCAGGUCCCCGGGUUCAGUUGCUGCAGACUUAAGAAAAGAAAUGGUGGAGUAUCUUACACAAAGAACUGAAACUUAUGUGGCUGAAUCUGUUGUCUUGGAAGGUGGUCCAGAGGCGGAAGCAUACGACAAUCCUUACGAUAUCAUUGCUUUUCUUAUUGACGAGUUUGCAGUUUCGAAGAGGAAUUUGUUUAGUCGAGUUUCAGCAUUGCUGCUAAGCGAGAGGAGAGAAGACAGAAUUGAUGAUUUUGCUCAACAGAUGGAAAUUAAUGGAUUUUGGCCGGUUGACAAGAGAGAAGCCAUUGUACAAACGUUGCUGAAGAAUGUUGAUGUCAAGAAUGAAUAUCACUGUAGCAUGAAAUUCGAGACUGCAGAAGAACUUUCUCUGCAUAUGCCAACUUGCAGCUUUAGGGUAAUGACUUGUGACAAUGAAGGGUGUGACGAUAGAUUUUCGGCUAAUAAAUCGGAGAAGCACGAUUCCACUUGCCCUUUCAAGAUAAUUCCAUGUGAACAGAAGUGCCCAGAUUUCAUCAUGAGACGUGAUAUGGACAGACACUGCAUAACCGUCUGUCCUAUGAAGCUCGUAAACUGCCCUUUCUUUUCAGUGGGAUGCAAAGCAGCCGUACCCCAUUGUAAGAUCGAUGAACAUCAAUCUGAAGAACUCCAUUAUCACAUUCUUUAUAUUCUUCAAGGCUUUCACAAGGGAGCAUCUGAGGAGGUUUUAAAAGAACGGGUAGAUCAAAUAGAAGAGAUGUCCGCUGGUAGGCUAGCAGGCGCCAAAAAUGUGCGAUCUCUGACAUCAAAAGUCAAGGAUCUCGAUGCACGGCUCCCACCUGUGGUAAUUGAGACAAAGAAAAAUGAAGAAGAAACUUCAGAGACAGAAGCAAAGCCAGAAUCUGUGGAAGCUAGUGGCACAAAUGAGGAUGCUGAAAAAGCUGCAGGAACUAAAGAAGCCACAAACUCUGAAGCAGCGCCUGCAUCAGAAGCUACUCCAUCAAGCAAAGAUAGUGAAGAAGCUAAAAAAACUGAAACCGAAAAUUCCAAAGCAAAGCCACUGUCACAAGAGUCCCCACCUUUAAAGAAAGAGAGUGAAGAAGCUUCCAAAAAUGAAGUCGAAGUUCCUGAAGCCAACCCAGCUUCACAAGAAGUUCCACCAUUGAAGAAAGAUAGUGAAGAAGCUUGCAAAACUGAAAUAGAAGAUUCUGAAGCAAAGCCACCAUCACAAGAAGUUGAACCAGUAAAGAAAGAUAGUGAACAAGCUUUGAAAACUGUCGCCAAGGACUCAGAAACUGUGGCGCAGUCUUCCGAAGAUUCUACAACAAACAAAGAUACCGAAGAAGCAGCAACAACAGAGAAUUCGGUCAAGGGUUCGGAAAUUAGCACUAAUGAAGAUUGAAGAUGGUAACAGGGACUUCAAAUCAUGAUGUUUGGACUUUAACCAGCCAUAGACAUGAAAUGAAGAAAGCUUUCAGCCUCUACAAUAUAUGUGGAUUUUUUUUCCUAUAUUCUUUCAUUUCGGUUGAAUUUUUGGAUUAAUAUUUAUUUACUCUUUAACUUGCAUUUCUUUUUUA